AUGUCUGCAAUCCCUCCGGCCGGCACCCCUGUUGGGCUCGAGAUCCCCGCCAAGGACGUGGCUCGCGGAUCCGCCUUCUACCAAGCCGUCUUCAACUGGACCUUUGCGCCGUCCACGCUGGGUUUCCCCGCGCACAAGCUUCUGACCUUCUCCGUGCCUGGCGGCGUGCUCCCCAUCGGCGGCGCCAUGCGCCAGACGGAUGACAUCCCCGCCGGCCCCGGCUCCACGAAGCUCUACCUCUACGUGGAGGACGUUGGCAAGGCCAUGGAGAACGGCGGGAAGAAGGCGAGCGAGGUCCUGCCUGAGGGUGAUAAGGGGCUGUUCCAGUACUUUGAGGAUAGCGAGGGGAACAAUUUUGCCAUCUACUCUUACAAGAAAUGA